AUGACCGACAACCAAGCAAGAUUCCUGCUCAGCUGGCGUGUCAACACGAGGAGCAACAAUGGCGAUGCAGCCGCAGAGUUCAAAACGACCAUCAAGCUCAUGGAGGACAUUCACCACAUGUCAUUAGACGACGUCUACGGCCUUUCAUUCAUCCUACGCAACAAGGGAGGAGCAGGGUGUGCAAGGACAGGCAGAGAGUUGGUCACACUCUGCUCUGAGAGCGGACAUGCCGAAGCUACAAUUCAAGUCGUAGCAUCUUGCUUGCGACAGGAUGCGACGAAACCAGGCGUCUUGAGAACUCGAACCGCCAUGUUCGCACUGGAACGCCUACGCAACAUAUCAAAAGCAGGCAACGUACGCGCUAUAGUCAUGGAAGCAAACGUAGCCCGACACAACGGCCUCAUCGAACAAGCCACGGCGCUCUACAACCGCGCUCUCAAGAUCAUCAUGAAUCCGAAGCCAUCAACCACACAAGACAAAUACUCCGAACUUCAGGACGAACUCUCAUCCCCCUGGAUCGAACUAGCCUACCUCCACGUCACACGAGGAGAAAACGUCAAAGCCAUGAAAGCAUACAUGUGCGGACUAGAAAAGGAUGACCCGAUGGCCUACUUCAACCUCGCCCGCCUCGAUUUCCACAUGGCCGGGAACCAACAUACCCACGACUGGCUCUACAACAUGACAAAAGCCGCCGCCUCUGGCCACUACAAAGCCGCCCACGAAUUGGGAGAAUACUACGCAAACUCCCCCGCCGAACCGCCCCAACCUCCAAAAUCUUUCAUGGAAAAGUUGCACGGCUUUGCGCAUUACUUCAAUUCUCCUAACAUCAACUUGGACCCAAAAACCAAUAUACACCAUCAUGAUGCUUUUGGAAAAACGCCCCAGAUGCGGAUUGACCUCGCGUGUCAAUGGUUGAAAUUGGCUUCUUUGAAUCAUUACUUGCCGGCGAAUAUCACAUUGGCUCAACUGUACCUGCAAAAAUUCAUAUAUCCAAAGGGAACGCUAUUGAAACCGCUCGAUCCCUUCGGCCACAGCACGGAGCCAGACGAGAUUCCAAAUCAUCUGUUCAGUCCGGAUUUGGCCCAAGCCGCAUUGACCCAAGUGUUGACGGCGUGUUUGCAAAUAUCGGAAGCAAAGAGUGUUAGCAAGACCAAUGCUGAAUACCUGCUGAGAGCGAAGCCAUGGAGUGAACACAAAGAAGUACUGGAGGUGAUAGAGAGCACGGAAUCUUUGCAAGAACUCAAGGAGCAAGCGGAAAUGAUAGCCGAUGCGGCUGGACUUGACAUUAAGAGUACUAAGUUGCUACCGAAGGGUGUUCCUCAUCUUGGCUUCAUAAGGUUCCAUAAAGGCAUACGAGGGCAGGGCCUUUGGGAAGCCGACGAAAAAGAAUGGCUCGUUGCGGAAGAUGAACAACAAGUGGAAAAGCGAGUAUAA